UCUCAUCAACGAUAACAUCAUUGUGGGAAUCAGACGCACCGCUUUAUACGAAACGGCUGAGUUGUGACGUCGCACGGAGUCUGCAGAAAAAACUGGUCAUAUAAAUAGGUUGGCGUUGUGGGUCCAGCGCCAGUGAUCACAAUGGGACGCGUUGGUGAGGUAGCGAGCUUGCUGGCGCUGGUCGCCUUGACCGCGGCUAGUGUGACAGACAACACCCUCGAUGGCGGGGAGCGGGUGGUCCUAGUGGCCCCUGUGCUGGCCCCUCCGAGGGACUCCAGGACUCACAGCAACGACCGCGCGCGGCAGUUUCCCGUGCUAGUGCUGCUCGCGCAGCAGAAUGCGCCGCAAGGCCGCUCUGAGCCUUCAGCCAAAUCUUUGGGCGGACCACCCAAUCCGAUUUAUGUUCAGAAACUAGAAGACCAAAAAGUGCAACCAUCAGAAACUACAAAACCUCAAAGUAAUCGCCAAAAGCGACACUUGCUAAAGAAAAUCCUCUUAGGCCACGGUGGUGGUGGCGGUGGAUACGAGUAUGGAGGAGGUGGUUUCAGCAUUGGCUACGGAGGUGGCUACGGCGGCGGCGGCGGUAACGGCUACGGCGGUGGCGGCGGCUACGGCGGCGGUGGCGGCUACGGCGGCGGUGGCGGCUACGGCGGCGGUGGCAACUACGGUGGCGGCGGUGGUUACCAGGAGCCAUCCAAGACGAUAGUUGUGAAAGUCGUUCAUGAGAAUCAUGAUCAUGGCGGCGGUCAUUACGGUCACCACGGUGGUGGCGGUUACCAAGGUGGCAACGGCGGUGGCGGCUAUGGAGGUGGCUACGGCGGCGGUGGCGGCGGUGGUUACGGCGGCGGAUACGGCGGCGGCGGCGGUGGUGGCGGCGGCGGCGGUGGUGGUGGCGGAAGCGGCGGUGGCUACGGCGGUGACAACCACGUUGGUUACGGAAAUCAAGGAGCCGGCUGUGGAGGCGGUUGCGGAGGAAAUGGAGGUGGUUACCAUAGCAACGGCGUUGCCUCUGCCACCGCUACAGCUACUGCUACAGCUACUGCUCAAUCUAACUCUUAUGGCGGAGGGUACGGUAAAAAACGCUAAGUCUGGCUGGGCUACAGUGAAAGUCAACGUUACUUAGACAAUUGUAGUUUGUGAAGUAAUCUGUGAUCGUGGGAGAAAAUAGAACAUUUAAAAUGUGAAAAACAAUAGCAGUAA